UUAAACCAAUUCAAAAGACAAGCGAAGGAGUUAUUGUUUAUUUAAAUCCAAACAUUGUCACAAAAUUUGAAGAUAUUACUGAGAAUGAUAGAAAAUUACUGACAGAUCAAUAUGAACAUUUUGAUUUUAUGAGCAUUACUAUAAAGUAUGAUAAUUGGCGUCGUGAUGAGACAUUAAAAUCAGUUCUACCAGAAGAUAUUCAAGUUCCUACAGCGUAUACUUUGGUGGGACAUAUUGUGCAGUUGAAUUUACGCGAUGUACAUUUGCCAUAUAAAACUAUUAUUGGUCAAAUAUUUCUCGACAAGACUCCAAAUGUGCGAACAGUGGUAAAUAAAAUGAAUACAAUUGAUACAACGUUUCGAUAUUUUGCUAUGGAGAUCCUGGCUGGUGAAAGAAAUACAAUAACAACCACAAAAGAACAUGGCUGUAUAUAUCAAUUUGAUUUCGCACAAGUUUAUUGGAAUUCACGUUUAUCUACUGAACAUUCAAAAAUGACAACGUUUAUGACGCAAGGUGAUGUCUUAUAUGACGUAUUUGCAGGAGUAGGACCUUUCGCUAUUCCUGCCGCGCGUAAAAAAAUUAAAGUAUUUGCUAAUGACUUGAAUCCUGAAUCUUACAAGUGGCUUCAAAAAAAUGCCACUAUUAACAAAUUAAAUAUGUCGCAACGGAUAUGUUAUCCAUGUACAGCAUCUUUGAUAACUGUGGGAGAUGAAAUUUUACGCGGGCGAAUAGUUGAUACCAACACAUUAUACUUGGCAAAAAAUUUAACCACUGCUGGAGUAAGACUACAGAAAGUCACAGUGGUUCCUGAUGUUGUAGAUGAUAUUGCUAAAGAAGUAAACAAUGCCUCAAAACAAUAUUCUGCUGUAUUCACAUCCGGUGGUGUUGGACCUACUCAUGAUGAUGUGACUUAUGAAGCUGUAGCAAAAGCUUUUGAAUUAAAAUUAGAAUUUCAUCAAGAACUAUUUGACAUAUAUAGUCAAUUGUUACCUGGCCAGCAUGAAGUAAAACGACUUGCUAUUGUUCCUAAUUCUUGUGAAAUUAUCAUUAUUAAUUCUAAAAAAAUUUCAGAAAUUUUUCCGGUAAUAAGCGUGAAAAAUGUUUAUGUACUGCCUGGUUCGCCAAAAUACUUCGAAUCUGCUGCAGAUGUAAUAAUAUCUCGACUGAGAGGAUGCGCGCCAUUACACUAUGAAUAUAUAGAUGUUGAAUGUAAGGAACUCUCAAUAGUAAAUAUUUUGGAUGAACAAUCAAAACGUUGGAAUGGCAAAGUGAAAAUUGGCAGUUAUCCGCAAUCAGAACCGCAAAUUUUUACGAGAAUUGCUUUAGAGGGAUCUGAAGAAGCAAUUGCAGAGGCAAGAGAAGAACUUUUAUACUAUCUACCGGUACAAAAGAUUAUGAAUCUAAAACACGGAUUCGGUCGUUUUCAAAUGAAUGCUAUUCUGGAAGAUAGUAAAACUGAAGCGCAUAUUAAAUACGCAUUGGAUAUAUUAAAUGAAUGCUAUAAUAGAUAUAAUUCAGAUGAAGUAUUCAUUAGUUUUAAUGGUGGUAAGGAUUGUACAGUAGUCUUGCAUUUAGCUGCUACCAUCGCCAAGUUGCGUAAUAUUUCGUCCUUAUUAUGUUUAUACGUAACUACUGAUUCCUUUCCAGAGGUGGAAACAUUUGUAGAUUCAGCUUCUCAGUAUUAUGGUGCGGAAAUAAUACGAAAACAACGACCGAUGCGAUCAGCGUUGUCUGCCUUACUGAAAGAGAGAUGCAAUUUGAAAGCAAGUCUCAUGGGGAUAAGGAAAGGUGACCCGGGUUCUGAAGAUCUACAGCCGUUUGCGCCCACUGACUCGGACUGGCCACAAUUGAUACGCGUUAAUCCAAUCUUGUAUUGGUCAUACAAUCAAGUAUGGACAUUCUUAUUAAAGCACAACAUCCCUUAUUGUUCGCUCUACGAUCAAGGAUACACGAGUAUCGGCAGCAAAAGUACCACGACGCGAAAUCCAUUGUUGAAAGAUCCUAAUAAUUCCUCGUCUUAUUUACCUGCAUAUACCUUACUUAAUAAUUCUGCCGAAAGAGAAGGUAGAAUACAAUAGAAUAAUAGAAUGUGAAUUUAAUCUAAUUUUUAGAAAUUAAUAAUAUAUUCUAUAUGCAUGCGUA